CGAAGAUAGAUCCCUUGGUUUCAACAUCUGAAUCACUGGUCCCCAAGUUGACGAUAAUUUGUACCCUUCCCUGUUGAAAUUUUUCGGGUGUUAUUUAAUUUCGAUAGCUUCUCUUACGAUCCGAGGAUAAUAGUGACGCUCGGUGGAAAGGACUUUGGGUUUGUGUCGCUCAAUCCAGUGAUUAGUUCCAGUUGUCAGCAAGUGUUUCAGCUAUUGCGGAACUUGGCGAUUUUUAACAGCCGCUAUGUUCCUUCAACUUCCUUCUAUUUGUCUCAACGUCGGAAAAAAGAUGAAGCAUGGUGUAUAACGUGUUGGUCCUGCUGGUGCUGGUGCUGGCAGCGGCGGCGUCCGGCGAGCUGAGCCUGUGCAAGCGACACGUGUACAUCGCGCGUGCGGAGCAGGCGGACGAGCAUGGCAGGAAGUGCUGGGACCACGUCAAGGUGCCCACUUGUGGGGGCCGCUGCGAUUCUAGAGAAGUUUCUGACUGGCAGUUCCCAUUUAAGAUGUCCCACCACCCAGUGUGCGUGCACGGAUCCCGGCGCCCCCUCAUGGUGAAGCUGCGGCAUUGUGACGAGGAUGUCACCAAGGGCACCGAGGUUUUCCACUACAUCGCUGCCGAAGAAUGUCGCUGCAUGAUUUGUUCAUCACAACACACGAGCUGCGAAUGGCUGCCGCCGCAUUCAACUAUUGUCGAAGGGUUUGUCGACGAGACGGAAAAGGACGAUGAACGAAAGCGUAAAUAAAUUAUACAUAAAAAGAAAAUUGCAUAAAGAUAAAUGGCACAACAUUGUGAAAAAAAUACACAUAUUCGUGAUAUUCCUCCUCUUGUAAAUUUAAUUUGAUCCAUUUUCCUGCGUUAAACUGAGCUUUGGUUCUGCAUGCGUAGAUAAGUAUACUAUACCUAUAUGAUUAGAAUUUAGGUCAAAAUACAAAAUUUAUAGUGUGUAUUGAUAUUACAUAGUUAGUCAGCAGCUGAAGCGUGAAAAAUAUCAACAAAUUAAUAUGAAAAACGGAAACAAUAAUAAGUGUUCAAAGUAAAACCAGAAUUAGGUAAUGACAAUAAUAACAUACCUAUAAUGAUGAUGUGUAAAUGAAAGGCUACCUACUCCCCGUAAAAUCAGCAACACUCCAGGUAUAUAAGGGUUCCUAGUUGACUACGGAACCCUAAAAAUGUAUCGCGAGGACACAUACAUUAUUUCACAUUCGAUCAACGGUUGAUACUUAGCUAGCCCCUCCAGGAGUUAUGUCAACGCAUUCAUGCAGGGAUGUUUAGGGAGGGGUAAUUAUUUUACAUACCUAUAUUAUUAUGUGCCAACUAGCUUAGCUGUUUAACUUGUGUGUACCUACUAUUCAAGGCUAAAAAUAACUGAAAUAUCUCCUAAGAAAUCAAUUUUUAUGAAAUAACCA